AUGGAACACCGCGUCGGCGCCGUCGUGGCGAGGCUCUGUCUGACACACCGCUGGUCAGCCGGUUGGUGGUGGAACGUCGCAUCGACAUCGUCUAGACGAGGCUCCGCCUGGUACGCCGUUGAUCAGCCGGUGGGAUGGAUCUCCGAAUUGGCACCGUCGACACGCGCCCAUCUGGUGCACCGUAGGAGACCGCAGGCUUGCGGCAAUGCCGUAAGCCAUUGGCAAAUUCGAGUCGUUCUUCCACUGCCAAAAAAACUCGUGGCCCACAGUGGAGUUCGGCCGCGCCGGCACAUCAAGCAGCCCCUAUUCAGGGGUCAGGGCACUGCUUCCUUCGGGGGGGGCUGGAAAAGCUGGCCUAAAAAUUGCUGGGGAACCACGUCGUCUGCUGGCGCACCGUGGUCGCAGACGCAAAACUCACGGUCGAAACAAUCAAACUCGUAACAACAACAACAACCAUACUCAUUCUCCUCAUCCUGCCUCUUCUACCUCUACCUCCGUCUAUUCUUCUGCCUAUUCUUCUCCUUCGUCAUCUUCUUUUCCACCUCCUUCCCAUCGCCCCACUCGUUUUCCCCAGACUGACAGGGUGAGCCCGCUCACUCUGGCAGCCUGGAAUGUUCGUUCCCUUUUAGACAAUCCGAGGAGCAACCGACCGGAACGGAGGACGGCGCUAGUGGCACGAGAACUGGCGCGCUACAAGGUGGACAUCGCCGCACUCAGCGAGACCCGAUUCUCCGAACAAGGCCAACUGGAGGAGGUGGGUGCCGGUUAUACCUUCUUCUGGAGUGGCCGACCCAGGGCAGAGCGACGAGACGCGGGCGUCGCCUUCGCCAUCAGGACCGACAUCGUGGGACGACUGCCUUGUUUGCCGCAGGGCAUCAAUGAUCGCCUGAUGAGCCUCCGCCUGCCUCUCUGGGGAGGCAAAUUCGCCACCAUCAUCAGCGCCUACGCUCCGACGAUGACCAACCCCGACGCCGUCAGAGACAAAUUCUACGAGGACCUGCACGCCCUCUUGGCGACUGUGUCGAAGGCGGACAAGUUGAUUGUCCUUGGCGACUUCAACGCCCGCGUCGGCACAGACCAUACUGCCUGGAGGGGAGUGCUGGGUCCCCACGGUCUCCGCGGCUCCAACGACAACGGCCUGCUUCUCCUCCGCACCUGCGCAGAACACCGCCUCACCCUGACGAAUACCUUCUUCUGUCUGCCGGAGCGAGAGAAGGCCACCUGGAGGCAUCCUCGGUCGCGUCAGUGGCACCUGCUGGACUAUGUCCUCGUCCGGAGGCGAGAUCAGCGGGACGUGCUGGUGACGAAGGCGAUCGCGGGUGCUGACGGGUGGACCGACCAUCGCCUCGUCAUCUCGAAGAUGCGUAUUCGCCUACAGCCUCGCAGGAGACCACAAGGUAAGCGACCCCCAGGUAAGCUGAAUGUUGCUUUGUUGUCUUUGCCUGCUCACCGUCUCCAUUUCAGCAAUGAGCUAGCUCAACGGCUAGACAACCUUCCUAUCGCUGCCGCCGCCGACGACGCCGCCGCCGCUGCCGAGAACGCCUCCGUGGAGAACCGCUGGUGUCAACUGCGUGACACAGUCCAGUCGACGGCGCUCGCCGUCCUCGGUCGCGCUCCCCGCCAACACCAGGACUGGAACAGGGCCUUCUGCCGGAAAGCCAAUGCGGCAUCCGUCGUCAUCGUGGGACCACGGAUAUGA